CCUGUCCCCCUCCGUCCCCCACCUCUCUUCUACCUGUCCCCCACCUUUCCUCCGCCUGUACCCCGCCUUUGCCCCGCCUGUCGCCGGUGCCUCCCGGUGCCUCCCGCCUGCCGCACCUGCCCGUUCCCAGCACCCUGCCCCGGGCGGCCCAGCGGGCAUGGAGCGGCUGCAGGUGGAGGCGCAGGCCGUGGAGGAGUACGCGGAGUACCGGCGAAUUGUAGGUGAUGAUGAUGGAGGAAAGCCCUUUACUCCUGAGGAAUACGAGGAGUACAAAAGGAAAGUAUUACCAGCUCGGCUGCAGAACAGGUUGUAUGUGAGCUGGAGAUCACCAACUGGCAUGGACUGUAAGCUUGUGGGACCAGAGACACUGUGCUUUUGCACUCACCGGUAUAAACAACACAAAACAGACUACGAGGUGCUUCCCAAGGAGCGCCCUAUCAGUGUGCCUUGCAGAGUGAAACGUUGCCCGUGCCAGUCCUACCAGUUUGUCCCCCUGAACGGCACCCAGCCCGUCCGCUGCCGCUGCAAGCACUUCGCUGACCAGCACAGCGCAGCGCCGGGCUUUCCCUGUAACUCCUGUUCCAAGUGUUCAGGCUUUCAUAGCUGCUUUACCUGUGCAUGUGGUCAGCCAGCAUACGCUCACGAAACAGUUGUGGAAACAAAAGAGGAGCGCUUAGCCCAAGGAAAGCCCGUGGGGCAGGAUGUUCCUUACGCUGCCAUGGGAGGACUGACUGGUUUUAGCUCGCUAGCAGAAGGCUACAUGAGGCUCGAUGACAGUGGAAUAGGUGCUCCUUCUGCUGAACUUUUAGAAGCCCCCAUUACUAGCAUGGAUCAUCCAUUUCUAAAAGCAUUUCAGGGGCCUUCGAGUUCCGCUCAAACCAUGCCACAAAUAGCAGGUAGUUCAAGUGCCACAGGGCAAGUUUCUCAUGGAAAACAAUCAGAAGCUGAUGACAUGGCUUACUUUGAAAAACGCUAUCAAGAACGGCUGAAAAUGGAGAAAGCUGCUAAACGGAAAGAGAGGAACCCAGUGCCAUCAAAGAAGCCAUGAGAUUAACAAAUAAAUAUUUAUUAUUUGGCACAUUGUUCAUUAUUUCAUUGAGUAUUUUCCUCUGUGCCUACCUGCAUACCUGUAUUUAUUCAUUUAUUUAUUCUGUUGUUUUGUUCCUUUGCUGAAAUUAAUUUUUAAUUAUCUCAUAAUAAGAUUGGUUCUUUAA